UCUGGAGAAUAUUCAGGCGAUAAAAAACCUGAACAGAUUUUCUAUUAUUAUAAACACCCUUCAUCAGAUUUCCCCCAUCGCCUACACAUCCCUGAAUCUUGAGACUUUGCUGCGUCGAUCGAUACUCUUUUUCCCCUAUUUCGUUACUGCCAGGUGACGGUUAGGGCAGUUACUUCAAUGCCGAGAACACGAGCAUCGUCAUCCCAAUCUUCACCUGCAACACUGCCCAGGUCGUGUGCUUCUACAUCUUCUCAUGAUAGUUGUUCUGCAGUCCUGGUGAACCAGUCCACACAAUCCACUUCGACCUGCAUCGAAUCAGGUGAUAACGACGACCCAUACUGCCAUUGCCCAUUCAAAUGAUUUGAUGAUUGUUAGGAUGGAAUAGGAGGCAAAGGCUAUGUCAAAACUUUGAUCCUUAAGCAUAUACAAGACAGACACUUACCAACUAAAGCAUCCAUUGCUGUCUGUCAAGACAGAAUUCGCACAGAGGUAAGUGUAUAUACAGCCUGGGAAAAAUUGUUACGUCAAUGCGUAUGUGGCUUUGUUUUCCUUGCUUUCUGUGGUUUUCAUGGAAGAGACCUUGUCGAGGACACCCUGGAGGUAUUCUGAAUGGGCCGUUUAAUGGUAGGAGUGCAGAUUUUCUAAUAUUUGGUCUUGACAAACCUACUUCACCCACCCUUUUCAUUGAUAACCGUUCUGCAGAUACAGUGCCUGUUGAUGAAUUUGCAGGAUUAUCUAUUGAAACGCUCCACCUGCUCUUUCAAAAACAAAUCACCACAACCUCCAGUAUCCCCACACAGUGUAGAUUCAAUUUUUCCAGAACCUUAAAAUCUGCGCUAGACAAGGUCUUAGCCCAUCCAACUGAGUUAGGCCCCUGGCUUCAACUGCUGCUCUUACCCAUUUGCACUCUUAGCCUCUAUAUGCCUAAAAAUGCAAUAGAAGAAUGGUCAGGUGCAAGGAAGAAGAUUCAGACAUGCACAAUUAACCGUGCCUUGGACAAAUGGAAGGAACCACAGGGCUGUACCUCCCUAAUCCAAAAGAUCCUGGAGGUUAAUAAUGAACUUCAACAGAGCAGGAAAGACUCUAAGAAGAAAAGAAAAACUAAUGCCCAGGCCUGCAAGAAGAAGAUCAGUCAAGGGCAUUAUGCAGCGGCCACUAGAAUUCUCUCUUCUAAUGGUGUCGCACUUGACACAGCCGAUACCCUUGCAGAGUUACGGCAGAAACACCCUUACGCUCCUCCUCUUGUCAUUCCUUCAACUGCAGUGGAAGCUACACCAAUUUCAGUGGACAGUCAUGUUGUGUUGAGUGCUAUUCGGAGCUUUCCGAAGGGAACGUCUUGGGGCAAGGACGGCCUAAGGGCUCAACACCUCUUGGAUGCAUUCAGUGGCUCAGCCGCUGCUGUCUCAGAUGAAUUUUUCAUGUCCACGUCAGGUGUCGUGAACUUAUGGUUGUCUGGCCAAUGCCCCCCUUCCCUUGGAGAAUACAUCGCCAGUGCCCCACUCACGCCACUCCUAAAACCAUAUGGAGGCUUAAGGCCAAUUGCUAUCGGGACUAUCUGGCGACAAUUGUGCUCUAAAUUGGCUACUACUACUGUAUGCAAAGAUAUGGUCAGCUAUCUUGGAGACCAUCAAUUUGGCGUCGGCAUCCCCUAUGGUGGCGAAAUUAUCUUACAUUCUGCGAACAGGCUGCAUGAGCUUAAAGAUCGACUCUCAUCCAUGAAGUUCGUGCCAGAUGCCCAAGCAUAUCACGCUGGGUUGAAUUCUUCUAUGCACAACCCGCAAGGUUGUAUUACAGUGAGGCCAUCUUAUCCUCGACUCAAGGUGUACAACAAGGGGAUCUGUUAGGCCCUUUGCUUUUCGCCUUAGUUCUUCAUCCUCUUGUCCGCAACAUUGCCUCGCAGUGUUCUCUCGAUUUGCAUGCGUGGUAUUUAGACGACGAUACCAUUAUCGGUGACAGAAUGGAGGUCUCCAAAGCUCUCUCUAUUAUACAAAGUGAAGGUGGUGCGAGAGGAUUGCAUUUAAACAUUAGGAAGACCGACAUCUUCUGGCCCACUACACACCCCAAAUCUCAUGCAACGGAUGUCUUCCCAAUCAAUAUUGGUCGACCUACUAGUGGUGUGAAGUUACUAGGGGGACCAGUUAGCCUGGACUCCCAAUACUGAGUCAGUUGGUUAUGCAAAGAGCGCAAAAGACAAUCAAGCUCAUAGACUGUGUUAAAACGCUAAAGGACCCUCAAUGUGAGCUUUUGUUGCUGCGCAACUGUACAGGAGUGUCGAAGCUUUACCUCACCCCCCGCACAACUGACCCCCGAGUCCUGCAGCCUGCCACUACGUACUUUGAUCAUCACUUGGUUCAGUUCUUACAACACCUAGUCACUGGCGAUGGUGCGGGAUUUGGCAUUCUUCGACAACGGCUAACAACUCUGCAUAUUAAGGACGGAGGCCUUGGAGUGUACACGAUGAACGAUACCAGUCACUAGUGUUAUCUAGCUUCUCAGAUUCAAACGCAGCAGCUACAGUGCGCCAUCCUACAGUCCACUGAUGUCUCUACACCGAGCACGAGCUACCAGUUCGCUCUUAGCACGUUCAUGCAAGCCUGAAGCCUCUCUCCUUCGACUUUCGACAUUACUGCCACUGCCCCACAGCCUAUGAAGAAACUGGCAGUUCAGUAUUUCGACGUCGUGAAGAGACAGCUCCCUUCCAGGUUCACUUUAUCUACACGUGAAGCAAUUCUGUGGCAAAUUAAUAAGUCAGACCAUGCGAUGGAUUACCUGAAGGCUAUCCCCAUUCCAGGGUUAAACCAAUCUAUUGGACCUCGGCAGUUUAGGCCAUAACUCAAUAUCGCUUUGGUAUACCUAUGUUCCCUGAAGAUAGUAUAUGCCCUCGUUGUAGUCGGAGCAUGGAUAUUUUUGGAGAUCACUGAAGUAGGCUUCAAGUUCCGCCACGACUUGGUUCGAGAUGUCAUAUUAGAUAUAUGUUUUAGGGCUGGUGUUGCUGCCAGCAAAGAGGUGCCCCUUGGCUUUUUGUCGGAUAAUUCCUCUGGCCUAAAGCUUGCGGACAUUCUAGUGCACAACUGGGAGAAUGGCUUGAGUACAUGCUUCGACGUUACUGGCGUAUCACCAUUUUCUGGUGGAUCUGGUUGCAGCUUCACACCUGGACACGCUAUCGCUUCGGCAGUCAAUCGCAAAAUGAACAAAUAUUUAGACAAGUGUACAUCUCACGGGUAUUGCUUUAGCGUUCUAGCAUUCACUAUUCUAGGCGAACUAGGCGAUGAUAUGGUUGUUUUUUUGAAGAGGUUGAAAAACUGCCUGACUAACUAUGAUGAUGUUAAUAGCAAGGUCGGUGGUUAUCUUUUUCACAGGGUAGGUUUGGCUAUCCAGAAAGGAGUUGGAGCACAGUUUGUUGCUCGGCUCCCAUCCAU